AUGAGGCUACGACGAUGGAGCUACACCGCGCUACACAGGCGUCUCAACGACAUUCGGGAUGGGAGCAGCAGGGACGCCUUCCGCCCUUUACAUUUUUUGGCUCGCGCUUCAGCAUCAUCUUCUACUUCCGUCUCACCACGCCCGUUUGACGCGGUGUACGUCAUCAACCUCGAUCGGCGGCCUGACCGCUGGGAAUUCAUCUCACGGCAGUUGCAGCGUGCGGGAUUCCGCGAGGGCGACUACGAGCGAUUUGUCGCGAUUGAUGGUCACGCCGUUGACGUUCAAAAGGCACGGGAAUGUGGAUUGGUGUCAUUGCUAGGGCUUCUUCGUCUGCGCGAGCGCGAUGGGCGCCGAAUUUGGGGGAUGGAUUUAAAUCCUGCGGCAGUAGGAUGUGCACUUAGUCAUGCGUCAAUUUGGGCCACCAUUGCGGCGCGGCGCUAUGGCUGUGCUCUCGUGGUGGAGGAUGACUCCUUGUUUCCACGCGGUUUUCAGCAAGAGUACGAGGAACGCAUGCGGCGCGUUCCGCGGGAUUGGGAGCUUUUGUACGUGAGUGGGCUUGACACGGCGAACCAGGCCUCUCAGCUGCGUGUUGCGGAGGGCGUGAGUCGUGUGCCGCCGUUGCACCGAACGACGAAUUGCUACGUUGUGUCGCAUCAAGGUGCUCGGCAGUUACUGCAGUUAUGCCUUCCGAUGACGUACCAACUGGAUACGAUGAUGACGAUGCAUGUGACAUCAGAUGUUGAGGGUGGCGUUCCCUACGUGACAUCCCCUGUCUGCUACACGCUGCAGCCGCCUUUGGUGGUGCAGGCGACACGGAUGGGGUCGGAUAUUCAGAGUUCCACUGGCAGGGAUGAGCAGGCGGAGGAACGGGCACGAUGCAGGGCGGCAGGAUGGGCCACGGAUUGA